AAUUUUCUUUGACGUUGUCGAAUUCUUUCUUUUCGCUGUUGAAUUGAGCGCGUGGCAAACGUCGUGUGUCCGGAUUCCCGCAAUUUGUAUCCUCUCGGUGUGUGACUGUGUGAAUUUAUUUUUUAAUUUUUUUACCAACAAAUAAAAACCAACCUCGACAUCAUGAAAAUCUACAAGGAUAUCAUUACUGGUGAUGAAAUGUUCGCCGAUACCUACAAAAUAAAAUUGGUCGAUGAUGUAAUUUACGAGGUUUAUGGCAAAGUAGUCAGCCGCAGCGAAGGCGAUAUCAAAAUUGAAGGUUUCAAUCCCUCAGCCGAAGAAGCCGAUGAAGGUACCGAAUCCACUGUCGAGACCGGUGUCGAUGUUGUCCUCAAUCACCGUUUGCAAGAAUGCUUCGCUUUCGGUGACAAGAAGGGCUUCACCUUGUACUUGAAGGAUUACAUGAAGAAGGUGUUGGCUGAAUUGGAAAAGAGAGCCCCCGAUCAAAUCGAUGUUUUCAAGAACAACAUGAACAAGGUAAUGAAGGAAAUCUUGGGUCGUUUCAAGGAUUUGCAAUUCUUCACUGGUGAAUCCAUGGACUGCGACGGUAUGGUUGCUAUGUGUGAGUACCGUGAUAUCGAUGGUCAAAGUGUGCCCGUCCUUAUGUUCUUCAAACACGGCUUGGAAGAAGAAAAGUGCUAAUUCAACCUGAACAACAACUGAAAGCUCUUUUUAUACACUUACUCACAAACGCAUUAAAUAUUUAGUUUCAAUUUUUAAUUUUUAUAAUAAUUUAAGUUAAUACAUAAACACGGACUAUGUUUUGGACGAAAUUCUUAGAGAUGUUUCUGUUUCUUAACGUAAAAAUUUAACAUUAAUUUAUAAUUGGUUCCAAGAUUUUAUAUUGUCGUAAUGAAAAAAAAAACAUAGAAUACAACUUCAUAAUUAAAAAAUAUGUAAAACUUAUAUUAAAUAAAAAACAAUAGAAAUUAUGUAUUUAAGAAAGUAACAGUCUUGUAAAUGCCUUAAUGAAAUUGUAACUACAGAAAGAGAAUUUAAGUCUGCCGAGAAAACUGGUAACAGAACAUUUAAAAACUCCUUCCAACAGCAGCUUGCAAAACAAAGAAUUUAUUAAAUUAAUAAAAAAAAAUACGAUUCUCUUUCUAUUGCUAAAAACAUAAA